GAGCGCAACAGGAGCAAUUUACCAGAGCCUCUGCGAGACAGCAGCUAAAGAAAGGCUAAUGACCCAGCACGAGGAGCCAGUCAUUCCACUAACAUGGACAAGUAUGAAAAGGUGAAGAAAAUUGGUGAAGGUUCAUUCGGAAAGGCCAUCCUCGUCAAAUCCAAACAGGAUGGACACCAAUAUGUCAUCAAGGAGAUCGGCAUAUCUGCAAUGUCCAGUAAAGAGAGGCAGGAGUCUCGGAAGGAGGUUGCGGUUCUUGCCAACAUGAGUCAUCCCAACAUCGUCCAGUAUAAAGAGUCUUUUGAAGAGGGGGGCUGCCUGUAUAUUGUGAUGGAUUACUGUGAAGGAGGAGACCUCUUCAAGAAGAUCAACUCUCAGAAAGGAGUGCUGUUCUCAGAAGAGCAAAUCAUGGAUUGGUUUGUGCAGAUCUGCCUGGCGCUGAAGCAUGUGCAUGAUCGGAAAAUCCUCCACAGGGACAUCAAAUCACAGAACAUCUUUUUGACAAAAGAUGGGACAGUACAGCUCGGAGACUUUGGGAUCGCAAGAGUGCUGAACAGUACUGUAGAACUGGCAAGAACGUGUAUAGGAACCCCAUAUUACCUGUCACCAGAGAUCUGUGAAAACAAACCGUACAACAACAAAAGUGAUAUUUGGGCCCUCGGGUGUGUCCUAUAUGAAAUGUGCACUCUUAAGCAUGCUUUUGAGGCUGGCAACAUGAAGAACCUUGUUCUGAAGAUCAUCCGUGGCUCGUACCCUCCAGUCUCCGUCCACUACUCCCAUGAGCUGCGUUUUCUCCUGGCUCUGCUGUUCAAACGCAGCCCUCGAGAGCGGCCGUCCGUCAGCAGCAUUCUGGAAAAACCUUUCCUGACCUGCAGGAUAGAGAAGUUCCUCACACCACAGAUCAUUGCUCAGGAAUUCCGCCAUACUUUUCUUCACAAGCAGCCUAAAGUGGGUUUGGUGCAGGGACCACCAGCCAAGCGUUCUGCCCCUGGCUCCAUUCCACUCGCUCCAGCCCAGAAGAUCACCAAACCAGCCAGCAAAUACGGAGUGCCUUUAACCGUGAGGAAGGUGUCGGAUGCAGCCAAGCGGCCUGGAGAGAGGAAACCAGCUGUGAAGCAUAAACCGGCCCCUCCCCCUGCAGCCCCCCACAGAAGAGUGAGUCACGUGGAGGAAGAGAGGAAAAAACAUGAGGAUGGCAUGAGAAAGAAAAGGAUGGAGCUGAUUGAGAAGGAAAGGAAGCAGAGGGAGCAGGUUUUCCUGUUGAAAGCAGAUCAAAUGAAGAGAUAUGAGAAAGAAAAGAUCAAUCGUAUAAACCAGGCCAGAGAACAAGGCUGGAGACAUGUGCUGAGUUCUAGUGGAGGCAGCAGCCCAGAGAGGAAGUGUUUUGUAGGUGGUGGACAGAGGGCUUCCCCAGUUCAGGGUCCCAGCCCUUCGGCCUGUCUCCCAGGUAAAACCCCGUAUGAGCACUACCAUGCCGUUCUGGACCAAAUGGCCAAACCACAGCCCAACGUCCUCAGCAGAGAGGGACCAUCAGCAGGACCGAGCAGUCCCAUCCGCAUCCCGCCUGCUGCUGGUCCGGUUCUUCCCGCCCGACUGAACUGUGACGCCAUCAAGAGAGAGCUUCAGAGGCUGCAGUAUGUUUCCAGACCAGCCCAUGUUAGUCGGCCGCGGGGUCAGGCUGCUGCUGGACGGGCCUAUCAGGUUGAGGAGUUCUUACAGCGGAAGAGGGAAGCCAUACUCAACAAAGUUCGUGCCGAGGGACAGCUGGGUACUCGGCAAAACCUGGCAGCAACGUACGGAAUCCGGGCCGGUUCCAUCCGGUGCAGGAUGCCCAGAGCCAACAAAGAGGAGGAGGAGUACUUGUCAAGACUGAGGCAGAUCCGCUUGCAGAACUUCAAUGAGCGUCAGCAGAUCAAAGCCCGGCUCAGAGGAGAGAAGUAUGACAGUGAUGGUUCUGACAGCCAGGAGUCCAACGAGGAAGCAGAGCUCAGGAGAAAGAAGAUAGAGGCUUUAAAAGCCCAAGCCAACGCCCGUGCUGCCGUACUGAAAGAGCAACUAGAGAAGAAGAGGAGAGAGGCACAUGAGAGGGAAAAGAGAGCUUGGGAGGACCAUCUUGCAGCUCGGGGGGUGAAGGUCGGCAUCGUGGCAGCAGGAAACGUAGCAGCAGCAGCAGUAGCAGCAGCAUCAUCUACCUCUGACGGUCCUCCUCCUCAGCCCAGUCCCUCUCAGCCAGACCCAGCUGCCAAAGCUCCAGCCCUGCCUGCAGCCAUAUCCAUGACGGCUGCCCUGAAGAAUGUUGGAGCAACUACUCCACUAAAAGAAAAAUCGCCUGAGCCAGAGACUCCUGCAGUCAUCCAGAGUGACAAAAAGCAGAUUCUACGCCGCCUCAACCAGAACCUAAAAUCCCAGAGCCCGGUGGAGGUGGCGGAGGCGGAGGAGUCUCCUCCGAGUCCGGCCCCCCAACAGAACCAGUCUGACGCAGAGACUCGUCCCCCUUCCAACGGAGACCGGAAGAAGUGGGAUGCAGCAGAACUGCCUGUGCUUCCUGUGGCCCAGCUGACCUUAGAGGAAACCUGCACCUCAACCAUGUCUCCAGAUGAUAGACCGUGUUCUGCUGGAGACAGGAAGAAGUGGGAGGCAGGAGUUCCCCUCGUCCUCUCUGUAGCCCAACAGACUCUAGAGGAGACGUGCAUCGGGACCAUCGAGCAAACGGCGGGAGAAGUUAUAAAGAUGGCGGCGCUACAGGAAGAAGCUCCAAGGAAGGUGUGGGGAGCAAAUCCAGACUCUCAGGUGCUGAAGGUUCUCCAGGAGGCGGAGCUUCAGCCUCUCACCCAGCAGCUGGAGAACGUCAGCGUCUGCGAGGACGAGAUUUCCAGCCCUGAUACACCCGACUGGAGAGCAGCAGCUGAGAUUGUGACGACGCCUAAAGAAGCGUUGCCGUCCAAACCGGUGCCGCCUGCUGUGGUUCAGAUUCCAGAAGUCCAGAAGGAGAAUCCUCAAACCACAGAGGCCUCACAGCGGGAAAAACCUGUGGACGUCCCAGUCCAGAGAGCAACACUGCCAACAAACCUCACCGAGGUUCAGGAUCCAGCAGACGUGGAGUCAGUGGUUUUGGAGGAGACACCUAAACGGGCCUCUCGUCCUCCAGCUGUUGUGCAGAAGGCCUGGGAGCAGGAAGCCCAACAGCUGCCACCAGAGGGCGUAACAACACCAGCAGUCACUAAAGAGGUUGAAAAGAGUGCAGACAAACCAGCUGAAACUUCUGUUCCAGCACAAAGUGAGGAGCCCCUGUUCAUGAAGCUGUGCUCCCCGGCCCACCGACGCACCGCUGCCCUGGCACUCCUCUCGGCCCAGUCCUCCAUGGAUGAGUCCUCCUCCUCUCUGGCCUCCCGCUCGCGCUCCGUCUCCCCGCUGCGCUCCAAGCACCACGACACCCUCCUCAUCGGCCUCUCAACGGGCAUGUUCGACGCCAACAACCCCAAGAUGCUGCGGACCUGCUCGCUGCCCGACCUCAGCCGCCUCUUCAGCCCUCAGCAAGACUCCGCGGCAACCAGAGAUGCUCACGUCGCCCCCGACAACAACCUGGAGAUCGAGGACCUGGAGGACGCAGCGAAAGACGACGACCAGUCGGAGAACGAGGAUGCAUAUGAGGAUGAAGACCUGAGGGACAUCCGGGCCUCCAUGGAGAGGCUGCUGCAAGAGGAGGGCGACCUAAUGAGGAGGAGUCCUCCAGAGGUCGGAGCAGGAGACUUUAACGGGAACCCUCCAGAAGAAGAAGAAGAAGAAGAAGAAGAAGAAGAAGACCAGGUUCUGUUCAACAGGAUCGCAGCUGAGAUCGACCAGGAAAACAGUCAGAUGGCUUUAGAUGAUGACGACGAUGAUGAUGAAGAGGAGGAGGAGGAAGAGGAAGAUGACGAGGAGGAGGAAUGCUCUAAUGGGAGUCCCGGUGACGAGGAAGCAGGGGAGCUGCUUACCAACGGAGUGGGAGAGGAGAACCACAGUAACAACAGCCAGCUCAACGAGGAGUGGCAGUCAGACGGCAGUGGGGAGGAGCAGGGUGGAGAGGCCGCUCAUCACGACAGCAUCUUCAGCCGUCUGGAAGAACUCCGCUUCAACCUGGAGCAGCAGAUGGGCUUUGAGAAGUUCAUCGAGGCCUACAAUAAGAUCAAGGCUAUACAUGAAGACGAGGACGAGAACAUCGACCUGGGCUCCAGUUUGGUCCUGAACAUUUUGGGAACGGAGUACCAGCAUCUGUAUCCAAACAUCCUCCAUCUGGUGAUGGCCGACGGCGCAUACCAAGAAGAUAACGAUGAAUAACGUUUCCUGCAGUGGAGCCAUCAGCAGCUGUGACAAUCUGCUGCCUAUCUGAAGUCUUCCCGUGAGGCAGAAGGAUCUAUGCAUGAAGCGUCUCAGCCGAGCAUCUGACAGUGUUUCAGGCACACUUGCAUGAUGAGUAACUCGUUCACUCCGGGCUGUGUUCCAUUCUCUUUGACUAUCAGCACCUGACACUCUUUUCUAACCGGUGUUCAUUCAGAAGUGCAUUAUUAUAAAAAAACAAAAAACACACGUUCUAAUUAACCAAAGUUAACUCCAAAAGUUCUGUACGAUGUUUAUGAAAGUCCAUAACUGUAAAUGAAGGAAAACACGUGUGUUGUUGGUUGUUGAUUAAUCGCAUAAAUAAUGUGUUGUGUUUCAGUUCGUUGUUGGUUCAGUUAGAAGCCACGGGGGGGCGUUUUAUUUUGGCGGGGCAAAGAUCCGGUCCUCUCAGGUGCUCUCUUUACAACCACAGCUUCAUAAAAACAUAAACCAGGUACAACGAUUUACUCAGAACCAGUUGAACCUCCUUUUUCUUACGACUCUUUUCACCAACACAACAAGUUCAAUAUGAUAAAAUACAUUUUCCACGUUUCUUAAACCAGUAGAUUUUAUGUGGGACUAAUGUCUGUCGCCAUGGUAAUGUAGCAGGAUUGUGUCGUAGCGGGGCCAGGUCAGACCGAUGUUCAGCGUAGAGAGAUGUACAAAUAAUAAUAAUAAUAAUAAUUAUAAUAAUAUUGGGUUAUAAAUUAAAUAUUGUAAAUCUUUAUAUGAA